CUCUGUCUUCUGUCUCCUCUGUGGCAGGUACUUUCAGAUAGCCCGGUGCUACAGAGACGAAGGCUCCAAACCAGACAGGCAGCCUGAAUUCACCCAGGUGGACAUAGAGAUGUCUUUUGUGGACCAGGCAGGUAUCAUGUCACUGGUGGAGGGUUUGCUGCAGUACUCUUGGCCUGCAGAACGUGGUCCUCUUAAGGCUCCUUUCCAAACUCUGACAUAUGAAGAGGCCAUGAGGGACUACGGUGUGGACAAACCCGACACCAGAUUCAACAUGAAGCUAAUAGACCUCAGUCAGAUCUUCCUUUCCACGGAAAUUGAAUUCCUCCAAUCAGCUCUUGGCCAACCAGGAGGCUCCGUUCGGGCCGUCUGUGUCCCCAGUGGAGCAAAACUUUUCACUGGGAAGGAUUUGGAAGAACUGAAACAAAUAGCCAAGACUCAGUUUGGACAGGAGCUGAGCCUGGUGCUGGUCAGAGCAGACGGGACAUUGAAGUCUCCCCUGAAGAAGCUGCUGUCUUCGUCUGUCACAGACGAGCUGCUGAAGUGGACUGAAGCCAAGCCAGGAGACCUGCUUCUGAUUGCAGCAGGCUCCCACCACACUGUUUGCCCAUUGCUGGGUCAUCUUCGCCUGCAGUGUGCAAAGCUCCUGGAGUCUCAUGGUGUGGUCGUGCGUGACCCCUCAGCCUUCCACUUCCUGUGGGUCGUGGACUUUCCUCUCUUCUUGCCCAAAGAAGAUGAUCCAGAGGAGCUGGAAUCAGCUCAUCAUCCAUUUACUGCACCAGUGCCAGAGGACACACGGUUACUCUAUACUGAUCCACAUAAGGUUCGUGGUCAGCACUAUGACCUGGUGUUAAAUGGCUGUGAGAUCGGAGGAGGCUCCAUUCGCAUCCACAAAGCCUCAGAGCAGUUUUAUGUACUGAAGAAUGUCCUUAAGGAGGACCCCGGACUUCUCUCCCACCUCCUCGAGGCCUUGGAUUCAGGAGCGCCGCCUCAUGGAGGCAUUGCUCUGGGUUUGGAUCGACUGGUCUCAAUAAUAGUCGGAGCUCCCAGCAUCCGCGACGUAAUCGCCUUCCCCAAGUCAUUCCGCGGUCAUGACCUCAUGAGCCGUGCACCCGACUUGGUGUCUGAAGAGGACCUGAAGUGUUACCACAUUUCUGUUAAAAUGCCAACAGAGCAAGGAAGAGAGGGAAAGUGAUUAAGAAGAACCACAGACAUCGAAGGAUGUCUGUGUAGUCCCAGGUCUGGUGAGGCUGAGGAGAUGUGCAGACUAUCAGCAGACAGCAAAAAGACUUUGAGGCUGUAAGAUCUGUGCCAGAUGGCAAAACAACAGAGACAAGAGAUACUUGUGGCUGCAUUGAUGCUGCCGUCCCUCUAUGUUUGUGGUCCUUCGUAUCAAGUUUUUUAGAUAUUUAUAUCUUUUUACUGAUUCUGUACAGCUGCUUAUUAUGGGGUGGUUUGGUGUACAUGUUCAAAUGAGGCAUUAUAUGAAAUAAUAAUAAAUCUAUAAUGUCAUUGUU